AGUAAACGCGAAUUGAAGGCGGAUCAGUGCGGUCCAUUUUAGCAUCGGAUGGCUGAUUUCUAGUAGAAACGACGGAGCUAAAGACUGUGUGAGAGAGCACUUGAGGAAUAAUAAAAACAUCGACAUGGGUGUGUCGGAAUUAAAAGAGUCUUCUUUGUCACUGGACGAAAAUCUGCUCCGUUUCAUGGACCAGUUGGAGUUACUGGAGGAGAAACGAGCCACUCUCAAUUCUCUCAUAGAGCAGGGAUGGUUCUCCAUGUCCAAGGCCCGAUAUUCGAUGGGAAACAAACACGUCUCUUCACUUCAGUAUGCAAAUGAGAUAGAGCCCCUAGUCUGUGUUCAUGCUAGAACACUGGACAAUGGUGAAGUGAAUUUCUGCACAGAAAGUGUCAAACAAAAGUGCAGUAAUGAGGAUGGAAAAGAUGCCAAGUCAAUAGAGGAUAUUGGACCUCAAGAAGAAGGUGUCAGGAGAAGAAUCAAACCAAAAAAGGAUACCUCAGAGAAAGAGACAAGUAAAGACACAAGCAGAGAGGAAAUUUCUGAAGUGACUCCAGUCAGAAAAACUGACCAGAAUCCUCACCAAGAUCCACUGAAGUGGUUUGGGAUUCUGGUGCCACAAUCUCUUAAACAAGCACAGUCAUCAUUCAAGCAAGUAAUAGAGCUGUCAGCUGAGAUUGCAACCCUUCAGACUGCAGUGUUGAACACCAGACGGGAGCUGCAGCACAGCAUGAAAAACAAACACAUUCUCCAAGAGGAAGCCUUAGCAGUCCAGCUGGAAGAGGUGGCAGACUAAAUAACUGCUGAGUCAAGCUGGAGAUGAUCUGAGAAGAGCGUGUGGCCACAGAGAGUGACAGGUUGGAGUUAGCAUAUUAUGCCUUAUGGCCAAUUAGACUCAACAGCGAUCCCUCUGGUGGAUUUUAAUGUGGAGAUUACAAAUAGUUAUGUAAUAAAUCUGACUAAAUAAUGAUAUUAUGUUUGAUUUUUUCCAUUUUUGACUUUCUCACUGUGAAAUGUUGGGCCUGUUUUUAGAUGAUGUGUUUGAAAAUGUAGGACUAGAAAAAAAUUUGUGCUGUAGACUAAAAGAUUGAUUUAUAAAUAUAAACAAAAUGGGCCGGUAAAUAAUUGAUUGAUUUAUUAUUAAUUUACUAUUACUUUAUAGAUUAAUAAUUAGCCAUUGAUUUGAAAAAGAAACUGUUGUAGGUGGCCAGGUUGUGAAACUUCUAUUUGUGGAUAAUGCAGUUAUAACUUUUGGUAAUCGAUUUAUAAAUGCCAAAUAAGUUGUUAAUAAAUAUUUUGCGGUCCAUAUCAUCUGCAGCCAUUUUCCAGAAAGUAAUUUACCUAUAUUGAUUAGCAUGUCAAUAACUUCAAUAAUAAUUAAUACAUUUUACAUGUUUAUGUGAUGAUUCGGUCAUUGUUUAAGUUUAAAGCACUUUGUGAUAUUGGUUUUGCAAAAUGCUUUACAAAACAGAAACAUUUAUUAUUGUAAGGUCCAAAAUCAGUCAUGGUAUUUUUCACAACCGGGCAAUGUUGCAAAGCAUGUUUAAACAACCUAUUAACCAUCAAUACAUCCAUUAUUUCCAGCUUCUAAAUUCUUUAUAAAGAAGGCCUUUUCAGAGUGGGGGUAAAUUGUUUUCCCUGUAGUAUUUGUUUCAUCUAAAUGAUUAAACAGUGAUGAAAAAUUUAAUAAAUAAGUGUUUAAUUAA